CGCCAUCCACGCCGUUCGGGGUCUCGCAAAGCACGAAUUAUACCGUUCCCCCCCCACUUGUCUAAUCUCCGAGCUUGUUUCCUACAAUUCAGCGUGCAUUCUUGAAUAGUGCUAUAUAUUAUAGUCGGCGGCCGUCGCCUAUUUUAUACUCAGCAGCUUGGCAACUUUUCUAAACCACGCCGUCGGCAGUACCCGCCUAAGGAACUAGCGACGCUUUUGUUUUUCUACCCCAGAAUCCCAAAGCUUCAUUUUUGCCUUCUUCAGCCUUCGUCCCCCUUGCUUGAAGAGAUCGUCGCUUUCUGCUCUCCAGAAAUGACUACACCCGGCGAAAGUACUCGCCCGUCUCAGGACACAGACAAUGUCCAUAUACUUGCAGAGAAGCUCUCCCCCCCGGCAGGAACAGAUACCUUCUCUGGUGAGCACCCUGAGACGGACACAGCCAGAUCAUCUUCGCCGUCGCAACAUUUGAAAGAUGAUGAUCCAGCAGAGACAACCCCUGCCGAGAACCCGCUAGAUCGGGUGCCUUCCCAGGCCCACACGUUGGGAAAGAGGAAUAUCGCGGUUGUGAUGGCUGCCCUUUGCCUCGUCCUAUUCCUCGCAGCCCUAGACAUGACAAUUAUCUCGACCGCUCUGCCCACCAUGGCCGCUCAUUUCCAUGCCUCUGAAAGUGGAUAUUCGUGGAUGGCUUCCUCGUACUCGCUAACCAAUGCAGCCUUUGUCCCGCUAUGGGGCAAAGUCAGCGAUAUCUGGGGCCGCAAGCCGGUCCUUCUCAUCGCCAACUUCGGUUUCCUUAUUGGCAGUUUAAUCUGUGGGCUUGCAAUUAACCUCCCUAUGAUCCUGGCUGGAAGAGCAAUCCAAGGUGCUGGAGCUGGCGGAAUUAUAACGCUCGCGAAUAUCUGUGUUUCAGACUUGUUUAGUGUUCGGGACCGACCACUCUACUACGCGCUUUUUGGCUCUACAUGGGCGGUUGCAGGUGCUUUGGGCCCAUUGAUUGGUGGCGCUUUCACCACCAGUGUUACAUGGCGCUGGUGUUUCUAUCUGAACUUGCCAAUUGGCGGCCUCUCCUUCGCCACCCUUAUUUUCUUCCUCAAGAUUGACUCGCCGAAGACCCCUUUUCUCGCUGGUCUCAAGGCUAUCGAUUGGUCAGGUACGCUUCUCAUUGUCGGAGCGACGCUCAUGUUCCUCUUUGGCCUUCAAUUCGGUGGAAACAACUAUCCUUGGGCUUCUGCAACCGUCAUCUGCCUCAUCAUAUUUGGCAUUGCCACCUACGUCCUCGCCAUGCUCAACGAAUGGAAAUUCGCCCGAUAUCCAGUUAUCCCCAUUCGACUCUUCAGCAACUGGCACAACGCACUCGUUCUUCUCAUUUGCUUCUUACAUAGUAUGGUCUUCAUCGCUGGCGCCUACUACCUCCCUCUCUACUUUCAGAGCGUGCUUCUUGUAACCCCCGUCCUAAGCGGUGUCUACAUCCUUCCUCAAGUCCUCAGCCUGUCCUUCACCUCCGCAGGCACCGGGGUCAUCAUCAAGAAGACCGGCCGCUAUCAUGAGCUUGUUGUCGUUGCCUUUGUCUUCCUCACCCUCGGCUACGGCCUUUUCAUCAACCUCCAGUACUACGCUUCCUGGCCCCGCAUCAUCAUCUUCCAGCUCAUCGCCGGUUUUGGUGCCGGUCCGCUCUUCCAGGCGCCCCUUGUCGCGCUCCAGGCUAACGUCCACCCUUCCGAUAUGGCUGCUGCCACUGCAACCUUCAACUUCCUCCGACAACUAUCCGCCGCCAUCUCCAUCGUGAUCGGUACUGUCAUUUACCAGAACAUGCUUGCCAAAAAGAUGCCUUCUAUCCUCGCAGCUGUUGGUCCGGAAGACGCAGCUAAAAUUGCCCACUCCUUCUCGGGCUCGCAGAGCGAUCUCGUUCGUAGCCUACCCAGCCCCGAGAAAACGGUGGUUUUGAAAGCCUUCAAUUUUAGUCUCAGCCGCUUAUGGAUCUUUUACACAGCCGUAGCUGGCGUUGGUCUCAUUGCUAGUCUCUUCGUCCGCCCUGUGGUGCUUAGUAAAACCCACACCGCGGCCAAAACAGGUCUUGCGGAACAAGAGCGCGCAAGAAAGGAGAUUCUGACUGCCCAGGCUAAGGAGCGUGGAUCGCACCCUGAGUCGAAGGAGGCCGUAUAGCAUUCCUCUUCUUCUAUUGCAACCCCCCCCCCCUCUUUCCUCCCUCCUUUCUUGUUCUUUUUUCAGUACAUGUAAGCGACCGUUAAUCAUAGACUCAUUUUCUUUUCUUCUUCUCAUUUUGCUUUUCAGCUUGACAUUCCUUUUCUUCAGCUUUUUACACAUUGAUAAUGGCUGCCGGCCCUAAAACAUACCCAAUGCUGAUAAAAGUUGCAGCGUCUUGUCAUUCAAUCAUGGAGAUACCAUUGUAUUUACUUGGGUUGUUUCUAUGAAUUAUCAUACAAAGAGUUAUUAAUGCA